AUGUCGUAUGCUGAUUCUCUGCUUGGAAAUAAAUCUUUAAAGGUGAAUUUUCGGUCCCUGGUAAGUGAAUCAGUGCAUGAGGGGUGUGAUGUUGUAUUACCAAGGGAAUCUGUGCGUAGUGUUCAUGAUAAGAUGGCGAAUACCUUGGUUGGCUAUUUUCUUGGGGAUCGAGUGGCAUACCCUGUAGUGGACUACUAUGUGAGAAACAAUUGGAAAAAAUAUGGAAUCCAGAAGUCCAUGAUGAACGCUAAGGGGUUUUUUUUCUUUAAAUUUGCUGAUGAAGCUGGUAUGAUGAAGGUUAUGCAAGAUGGACCGUGGAUUAUUCGAUCACAACCUAUGUUUCUAGAUAUAUGGAGCCCAUCAGCUAAGUUGGAAAAAAAAGAAGUCAAGAAGGUCCAGAUUUGGGUUAAGAUCCAUGAUGUUCCGAUUGCUGCUUACACUGAGGAUGGCUUGAGCAUGAUAGCGACUACUAUUGGGGUACCAAAAGCCCUAGAUUCAUACACUACGUCGAUGUGCAUGGAUAUGUGGGGGCGCAGUAGCUAUGCGAGAGCUCUUAUAGAGGUUUCAGCUGAUAAAAGUCUUAGAGAAGAGAUCACAAUGGCGAUUCCUGAUAUGGAGGGAGAUGGGUUUUCUAAAGAAACUAUGUCGGUUGAGUAUGAAUGGUAUCCGCUUCGGUGUGCGCAUUGUUCCGUUUUUGGACAUUCUGAUGAUACCUGUCCUUUCCAAGCCGUGAGGCAAGGUAAUGCUAGGAACAUGGAUAUGGGAGGUAAGCAGCAUAAUCAAGGUAGACGUCCUGGUAAGCAUCCGGUUACUGAUGAGGAGGGUUAUACGGGGGUCCACAGUAAAAAGGUCGCUAGACAGACUGGUUUUCCGGUGAGCAAGCCUAAGCCAAAAUUUGAAUAUCGUCCAGUCGUUGGUAAAAAGAAAGAGGAGCCGGCUAAUAGGGCAAGUGCGAGUAGCAGUCGGUCAAACAAUCCUUUUGAUGUCCUUAAUGAGCUGCCCACAAAUGACGAAGAGGGGGUUGAGAACCUAGAGUCGGCUAAACAGGAUGAGAUGCCAACUUCAGCUAAAAAUGAUGAGGAUGAUGUCGAGGUGGUCGAUGAUUUUAGUGAAAUGCAUGGUUAUGAUAUGGACGGUUUUUUAAGGCAGGGAACCAUUAAAUUUGAUACUAAAAAAGGGGCAAGCACUCCUUCUUCAUCGGUUACUCAUGGUUAG